AGCUGUACUCAAAUCUCGCGAGGUUAGACCAACACGCAACUUUGUCUCCAUCUAGCGUUACAAGAUGUUUCAGACAAGCCUUCAAACUUUUUUCAAGUUACUUACUCGUUAAAGAAACUGUCCAAACUUUGUAGUAAAUGCUGACUCAUUAACAAAGAGGGACCUGAUUCAACAUGGAUAGCUGCCGGAAGAAGUUAUCUUUUAAGAUCUCAAAGCCUUCAAAAGUUUUCUCCCCGCCCACAUGUCUGCAUCAAAGAGAUUUGACACUCACACCUCAUGCGGUGUCACCCAAAGCACAUUUGCCUUUCAACGACUCCCCUGGAUCAAGCCGCUUUGGUGUGCUAAGUCUGAGCACCCCAAAGAGGAAAUCGGAGGCAAGUUUUGACACUGGUGCUUCUCAAGGCAAAGUAGAGCUGAGGAAGCGGACCAGGAAGAGUUUUGAAGCGUUCACAUUACAGGAAGCCAAUCAGCCAGAGUCCACACAGGGUGACGUAUCCCCUCUUCCCACUCAUUCUUUAAUCAACAAAAAGGACAGGACACCAGAGGAGGGCUCUAAGGCAAUAUACACGAUGGCAUUAUUGGCAGCCAUAGGCAGCAGUGGCUUGAAGACCACUCCUUCAAAAUUCAACGCUGACGCUGUUACAAGCCCUCAUGUGAAGACUGAAGAACACUGUCAGGCUUUGCUUUCAACUCGUUCCUCCAAGUCGCUUCGGCUGGGGAAAAAAAGUGAUGUCAUUGGAGAUCAGUGCUCAGCUUCCCAGGCUCUUGUGGUUUCAGUUGAACAAAAGGAUGAUGCAGUGCCUCAAACAAGUGGAAGGGUUGUUCUGGAAGACGUUGGAGUGAAUCCUCAUUACUCCCAAGACGUCUCUGCUUCUGCAUUUGAACCACAAGCUCAGGACAUUGAGACUUCAUGUCCUCCUCUUGAGUAUAUUCCAGAUCCCUUUUCUUAUUGGAUGGCUCUUCAGGGUGACUCCCCCAAUGGCUGGAACUUUCAGAGUUCACUAGUUAAUAAUAGCUUUGGUGAUACACCCUCUUCAUCCCCAAGAUUAAACACUGGAGACUCGAGUGCUGUAAUGAGAUCUUUCCCUGUAUCGGAAAGGACAGUUUCCCUGCAAGAGCAGCAAAAAGAAAUAAACCCUUCAGCGGUGGCCACAGUCUAUCAAGAGACCCUAAAACCCCAGGCUCUGGACUUCUCAAACCUGAUGGACACCUUUGCUUUGCCAAGACUUUCCAUCUCUACAGAAAAUACCUCCAGAGCAUUAAGGCAUUCAUACGGUGGCUCUUCUGUUCAUUCUCCCCGCUACGCAUUUCAGCAUGAUGGCACACCUAGUAUUACCAGACGGUCCGUGGGGAAUCCUCAACCCACGUGGUCAAGUUACCCCCACAGUGCUAGGGGCUUCAUAGACUCGCACUGCCAUCUUGACAUGCUUUACGGAAAACUGCGCUUUCGCGGCUCAUUCAGACACUUCCGAAGUAUUUACUGCAACAGCUUUCCAUCAGAGUUUCAAGGCUGCAUUGCGGACUUUUGCAACCCACGGCUCAUGUCCAAGGAAGCUUUGUGGAAGGGUCUACUCGAUGAGGACAUGGUCUGGGGGGCUUUUGGGUGCCACCCACAUUUUGCUCACGAGUACUGCAGCGCCAGAGAACAGAGUAUACUGAAAGCCAUGGGGCAUCCAAAAGCUGUGGCGUUUGGUGAAAUGGGUUUGGAUUACUCCCACAAAAACUCUACAUGCGUCUUUAAGCAAAAAGAGGUGUUUGAGAGGCAACUGCAGUGGGCUGUGGCUAUGAACAAGCCUGUGGUCAUCCAUUGCAGGGAUGCAGAUGACGACCUAAUGACAAUCCUAAAGAAGUGUGUCCCUAGAGAUUACAAAAUUCACAGACACUGUUUCACAAACAGCUAUGCGGUGAUCCAGCCCUUCCUGGAAGAGUUUCCCAACAUGUAUGUGGGCUUCACAGCCUUGAUAACAUAUUCAAGUGCCAUGGAGGCUAGAGACGCCGUUCGUAAAAUUCCUCUUGAUCGCAUUGUGUUGGAGACAGACGCGCCAUAUUUCCUGCCAAGACUGGUGAACAGAGACCAAUGCAGAUUUUCCCAUCCGGGACUGGGUAUCCAUACUUUGCAGGAGUUGAGUCUGCUCAAAGGUGAAGACAUGCCUACCGUGCUCUCCACCAUAAGAAACAACACCACUCAACUUUACUGCAUCUGAGAGAUGAUGUUACGAGAGGUUGUUUAGAGAGAUGAGAGAUGUUUAUUUCGUCAUUUAAGUUCUUAUUUUUAUAUGCGCAAUGUAAAUUGUGGAGCAGCCUGUAGUUGCCUUAUAAGCAUUCAUUGUUUUCAUUGUUGUAGUUUAAGGAAGUUAACAAGUUUUACAUGUUCUCAUAUGGCUGGAGUUCACAUCGUGCCAAAUAAAUGAUUCCGACUCCUGCAAUUUAUUUUUGAUGCAGCACCACCACCUUGAGAAGACCCAGCAUUACAUUAAGACGUGAAGUGGACAACCAAUGCGUAUUGAAGGCACUUUAUUGAUUGAAUGAAGUAGCUCUGGGGGACAAGCGCAUUUCCACUUAGAUGUUCAUUUUGUGGGAUUUUUAUUUUGACCAGGAAAGGUCUCGAUGUGAUGUUGAAAACUGAGUCAUGGCAGAGAGGUAGGUGUGUGCUGUUGAUGUUCCAAAUAAAUUCUAUUUCAACAUGUAGGUCAGAGCAUAAUUUGUUCCCGGUGCUACAAAUGUGUCUGAUGCAUUCAGUAACGCAGUCACCUAUUCUCUGAUAGUUCUGACCCACUUGCUAUAAGUAGAAAUUUGUGUUUGGCUACUCUUCUCUGCUAUCGACUCGUUUUAAGAUUUUUUGGGGUAUAUUUUACAUACAGUAUUUUAAGUAUCAAGUGAUUUCUCAGUCACAUGAGAAAAGUUAGGCAUUGAAAUAUGAAAGUGUGCUAGUAGGAUGGAAUACAAAAGGUUUUCACAAAGGUGUGUUUAUUUUGUUUUGACAAAACAAAAAAAUAUAUCAAUAAUAUUAGCAUUUGGUAUACAAGAAUGGUUUACAUAACCCAAAAUGUCAUGUCCACAUAUUUGGAUGCCUGGUCUCAAUUUUUAUUCUCUCUCUCCAAAUGAAUAAUCAAUAUUCUGUCUACUUUGUUUGAAAAAUUAAAACUAUUAAUUGUAAAAUGUUAAUUUGUUGAUUGUUUUCUAAUUCAUUCAAACUAGGACUGACUCUUUCAAUGCCGUUAACGGCACUGAGGUCCAAACCAUUUUGACU